AUGAAAAUUCAAGAGGGUGAAAAAACAGGUGAAAAAACAGGUGAAAAAAGAGGUGAAAUCUCACCUCUUCACCUAAAAUAUAUUUUUUGGUCCGGGAACAACUUUCUCUCAAUUGGAGCUGUAGCAUACUCUUUGCGUCUUUAUGUUAAAAUAAAUGGUACCAUUAAUGAUAUCAUGACUGUUCUCGUUCAUGUCUGA